AUGAAGAAGGCGAAGCAGAUUCACAUCUCGAAGCCUUUCGAUCUUCUCUCCGAGGAGCUCGUGUUCAUAAUCCUGGACCUCAUCGCUCACAACAACCCUUCCGAUCUCAAAUCCUUCUCUCUUACCUGUAAAUGGUUUUACCAAUUCGAGGCCCGGCACCGGAAUUCCCUUAGACCUUUCCGGGCGGAGUAUCUCCCUCGAAUCUUGUCCCGUUACCGGAACACCGCCGAUCUCGAUCUUACCUACUGCUCGCGCGUCACUGACUAUGCGCUCAGCGUCGUCGGGUGUCUCUGCGGCCCUACGCUCCACUCCGUCGACCUAUCGCGUUCAAGCUCCUUCUCCGCGGCGGGGCUGCUGAGACUGGCCGUCAAAUGCGUGAAUCUCGUGGAGAUUGACCUGACAAACGCGACGGAGAUGAGAGACGCUGAUGCGGCGGCGGUCGCGGAGGCGAGGAGUCUAGAGCGGCUGAAGCUGGGAAGAUGCAAGUUGGUGACGGACAUGGGAAUCGGAUGUAUCGCUGUAGGAUGCAGGAAGCUGAAGAUGGUUAGCUUGAAAUGGUGUGUAGGCGUCGGAGAUUUGGGCGUUGCUUUGCUCGCCGUCAAAUGCAAGCAGAUUCGGAGCCUAGACAUCUCAUACUUGCCGAUCACAGGCAAGUGUUUACAUGAUAUUCUGAAACUUGAACACCUUGAAGAACUUAUUCUACAAGGGUGCUUCGGAGUAGACGAUGACAGUCUUAAAUCACUCAGACAUGAUUGCAAGUCACUCAAGAAGCUCAAUGCAUCAAGCUGCCAGAAUUUAACUCAGAGAGGUUUAACCUCACUUUUAAGCGGGGCCAGAUGUCUUCAGCGGCUUGAUCUAGCACACUGUUCUUCGGUGAUAUCAUUGGAUUUUGCAAGUAGCUUAAGCAAGGUUUCAGCAUUAGAGUCAAUCAGGUUGGAUGGUUGUUCUGUUACUGCUGAUGGGUUGAAGGCGAUAGGCACUUUGUGCAGUUCCCUGAAAGAGCUUAGCCUAAGCAAAUGCGUGAGCGUAACUGAUGAAGGUCUCUGUUCUCUAGUAAUGAAACUGAAGGACCUCAGAAAACUUGACAUCACUUGUUGCCGGAAACUGAGUGGAGUUUCAGUCAUCCGAAUCGCCAGUUCAUGUCCCAAACUAGUCUCUUUGAAGAUGGAGUCUUGCUCUCUUGUUUCCAGAGAAGCCUUUUGGUUGAUCGGACAGAAGUGUCGGCUACUUGAAGAGCUGGACUUAACUGACAAUGAGAUUGAUGACGAAGGACUAAAGUCGAUAUCUAGUUGCCUUAGUCUUUCCUCGUUGAAGCUGGGAAUUUGUCUUAAUAUAACAGACAAAGGCCUCUCCUACAUUGGUAUAGGCUGUUCAAAUCUCCGUGAACUUGAUCUUUAUAGGUCGGUGGGAAUAACAGACAUAGGAAUCUCCUGGAUCGCCCAGGGCUGCUUGACUCUUGAAACAAUUAACAUAUCUUACUGCAAAGACAUCACAGACAAGUCCCUGCUUUCAUUGUCGAGAUGCUCCUUGUUACAAACAUUCGAGAGCCGGGGAUGUCCUAACAUCACGUCUCAGGGACUUGCCGCCAUUGCUGUACUGUGCAAAGGACUCACGAAGCUCGACUUGAAGAAGUGUCCACACAUCAAUGAUUCUGGGUUGCUCACUCUCGCUCACUUCUCGCAGAGUCUCAAACAGAUAAACUUGUCGGAGACGGCGGUGAGUGAUGUGGGACUAGUGAGCCUAGCGAACAUUGGGUGCAUGCAGAGCAUAGCGGUAGUGAACUCGAGCGGGUUAAGCCCGAGCGGAGUAGCAGCAGCUUUGCUAGGGUGUGGAGGGUUAAGGAAAGCCAAACUACAUGCUUCCCUAAGAUCACUCCUUCCUCCGUCUCUUAUCCACCACUUGGAAGCUCGUGGUUGCGCCUUCCUCUGGAAAGAUAACACCCUUCAGGCGGAGUUAGAUCCCAAGUCGUGGAAGCUACAGCUGGAAGACGUAGUGCCUUAA